AUGGAAGAAUUGGGAUCAAUGUUUAAUAACGAAUGGAUAUUUCUUAACGAAAAGUUGAGUGAUGUCAAGCUUCGAACUGCAUGUGGAAAGGAAAUCCCAGCGCAUAGAGUCCUGCUCGCUAAUGCCAGUCCUGUAUUCAAAGCCAUGUUCAGUCAUGAUAUGUUGGAAAACAACAACAAAGUAGUAAAUAUUACGGAUAUCAGUUAUGAUGCUGCAGUUGAGAUGCUGCGAUACAUCUACAAGGGUAGCGUCGUCGAGACUCAAGAAUUUUCCUUGACUGCUGAAGUUUUGGCAGCCGCUGACAAGUAUCAGUUGAAAGGAUUAAAAAACAAGUGCGAGCGCAUAUUGGGCUCGAAUUUAUCCACCGAAAAUGCUUUUGUGGCUCUUAAAAUUGCUAGAACAUAUAGCUCGAACCAUUUGAAAAAACAAGCAGUUGAUUUCGUCAGGUGUAUUAUAGACGGGACUUUGAACGUCAAUCAACUGAACGAUGCGAUUCUUAGUUUGAUACGAUUCGUUUCAAAACAGUGA